ACCCUAAAUUCAUUUCGCUUGAUAGAAAUUCUGUAAUCAGUCAAACAAUUUUUCAUUUUCUUGUAACUUUUUCUUAUUUUUUUUUUUUUACCCAAUUUUACUGUCAAUAUUCAAGCUCUGUGCAUUCUCUGCAAUGGUGGAGAUUUAAGUCACAGAAUUGUAUUUUAUACUGAGAAUUAUCUGUCUUACUGUGUUUUUUUUAUCUUUCCAGGCUCAAACAAGUUUCUGGGUUUGUUUCUUUGUAAUUUUCUCUUAAUUUAACUUGACCAGUUUUUAAUUCUUUUUUCUGGGCUUGUGGAUUUGUUGUUUGGCUCAUUUCAACAUAAAGUUUCAAUUUGUUUUUUUAAAUUCUGUUUCAAAACGUUUGCUUUAGUUUUUCAGGGUGUUAUUCACUGAAAAAUCUUGUACCUUUAAUGCUGAGUGUUUAUAUAUUUUAGGGUUUUUAGGGUUUUAGAGAGUUUAUUAUUUUUAGGGUUUUUAUUUUGUUGAUCUAUGAAUGGAGGCAAAAGAAGAGAAUAAUGUAAGUUCAGGGGCUACAGUGAAGGCAGAUGAAGCUCCAGAUAGCUUCAGGGCUGCCCCAAUCACUGAAAAUCCAGGCCCAGGCCCACUUCCGGGGCCCACUGUUGUACCAGCCACCGCCACGUCGGCGCCGCCGGAGUCGGGUUCAGCUCAAGGCUCGGCCCCAGGUUCGGCCUCGGCUCCGGGUUCGGGCUCAGAAAUGAAGAAGAAGAGAGGGAGACCCAGAAAGUAUGGUCCCGAUGGGAAAUUAUCAAUGGCAUUAUCCCCAAUGCCGAUUUCUUCGUCAAUUCCUUUGACGGGAGACUUUUCUGCUUGGAAACGGAGUAGAGGGCGGCCGCUUGAUAACAUCAAGAAGUCUUAUAAGUUUGAACAUGAGACUCCAGGUGACAAGAUUUCAUACUUCGUUGGUGCAAACUUCACGCCCCAUGUACUCACUGUUAAUACUGGCGAAGAUGUUAUGAUGAAGAUUAUGUCAUUUUCUCAACAAGGAGCUCGCGCUAUCUGCGUUCUGUCUGCAAAUGGAACAAUUUCAAAUGUUACACUUCGCCAGCCUACAUCUUCUGGGGGUACUCUAACAUAUGAGGGUAGAUUUGAGAUACUUUCCUUGUCUGGCUCAUUUAUGCCUACUGAGAAUGGAGGAACAAAGAGCAGAUCCGGUGGAAUGAGUGUCUCUUUGGCAGGCCCAGAUGGUCGUGUUGUGGGUGGAGGACUUGCUGGCCUGCUGAUAGCAGCUGGCCCUGUGCAGGUUGUCGUGGGCAGUUUUUUGCCUGGUCAUCAGCAGGAGCAAAAGCACAAGAAGCAAAAAACUGUGCCUGCACCAGUUGUCACCACCCCUAUUCCUAUGACUAUCACUACUCUACCUGUAGUAGAAGAGAUAAAGGGGUCCUAUGGUGGAGUAAAGCCGAUUGUCACAUCUUCAUCCUUCCUUGGAGACAAUUCGGCUUCUUUGAACCCUUUGCAGGGGUUCAAGAACUUGGCUGCUGACAAUAAAACACCUUCACCUAGUGAAGAAUCGAAAGGCCCAAGCCAAUCAAACUGUGAGGUUUCAUGUUGAUCGUGUGGAGACUGUAUGCUGGCUGUACCUUCAAUUUUUUUUCAUCUGCAGACACAACAGCAUUUAGGUUCUCUCAACCUUCUCAGAAACCAAACAAACCCCAAUGGCCAUAUAUUAAGGGCAAAGCAGGGUUUAUUAUGAUGUUGGUUUUAACCCAGAAUUGUACUCUCAUUAGGCUUAGGUAGGACUUCUAAUUAUUAGGAUCCCUGUGUCUGUGGUUGUUGUUAUCAUGUAUUUUUUAAUGUUGUCUUAUUGGUGUAGCAUUUUUAAUCUAUGAAACUGGUGUGCCAUUCCUCCCAUUGGGUACUUUGUAUCAUUAAGAUUGAAUUUAAGUUAAUGUUUUUUUACUGUUUUG